GCGCAUAGAUAUCAGUGAUUGUGGAUCACGAUGGAUCACGAUUGCGCUUCUCUGUCUGAUUUAAUCACUCAGGGGUAAUACCAUUGAAAACUGUGCAAAAAUAGCGAGCUGAAAUCGAUGAUUCGUUUUCGCGUGUGACCUAGAAUCAGUGUUUCGGGAGUCAUCACCAAACAACGCCACGGGACAGGACUAGCUUCCGAGAUAUCAAGAGAAGUCGGUAAGCGGAUUAUACGCUGUUGGCAAAAGGCCCGAGGAGCGAUUCUCAUGUUGUGUACUGUGAACUAACAACAUGGCGAUAUUUAUAAAUAACUACACUUGGCAACAGAGUAACAAGAAAGUUACUAUCGAUGUUCCUUUUACAACGACUUCAAAAGACAAGAUGAGCAUAAUAUGCACAUCGAACUAUCUGAAAGUAUCAAAGCCACCAUAUAUUUUCGAAGCCGUUCUAGCUCAACCGGUUGAACAUGAUGCAACGGUCGUUAAGCUGACUGAUGAAGGCAUCAAUAUCGAGCUGGUGAAGCUCACAGAAAAGCGGUGGAGUGAUCUUCGUCAAAACUUGACAAAAGAAGAACUGGUCGUGGAACGCGAGAAGGCGUUAGAAUUCGUAGCACGAUUGGAAGCAGAGGCUGCUGAAAAACGUGGUGAAGAGCGACUCAACCGUGAACGUCUUAGCGUCAAAGAGCAGAUGCGGGUGGAUGAGGCUGGUCGCAAAUCCCGCGAGGCAGCGCAGCAGCAGGAGAAGAACAGAGCACUGGCCGAGGUAUUCCGCGUGACCUCUCCGCCGCGCCGCCGCCGUCGGCCGAGCGAGGUGACCGUGUUCAGCGUCAGCGAGCUCACAGAGUCAGAGGAGAACUGCGGCCAGGACACAGAACUGGGCCUGCCCGAGGAGCAGACCCUGCGCGAACAAGAGCCUGUCACUGUCAGCAGCUCGGCCUGUUCGACACCAUCCAAGGGUGCGGCAGCGGUGUCCGCCGUGCACGCCGCUCGCUCAGCCACGCCGGCGGCGGCGGCGCCGGUCCGCACGGCCGGCACCAUCCGCUGCGCAUUCACACCGCGUCAGUUCCCGUCGGCGGCACGCGAGAGUCGCUCAGAGGAGGAGCAAGAGUGGCUGAGGAAACAGGCCGACAAGUAUCGGCGCGACGGAGCCCUGGACGAGGCCGACCUCCGGCCGCACGAGAAGGACCCACGCUGGCUCAAAGAGCGUGGCGACGCCUUCUACCAGCACGGAAACUACCUGGCUGCCAUCAACGCCUACAGCCAUGCCAUCCACGCGGCGUCCAACGCUCCAGAGCUGUACUCGAACCGAGCCGCCUGCCACCUGCGGCUCAACAACUUCCACAAGACUCUGGAGGACUCGUCGUCGGCACUAGACCUGCUCACGCCGGCCGUUGAGGCGAACCGGGUGUCGCGACUACGGUGUCACGUGAGGCGUGGUACGGCGCUCCUGCGGCUCGGCGCCUGCUCUGAGGCUCUGGCUGAGUACGAAAUGGCGCUCAGCCUCGACCCCAAUAAUGAGAAGUUGGUGCAGGACGUGAAAACGGUGCGCCGGCUGGCGGAGGGCUACGACAGCGAUCCCGACGAGCUAUCUGCGCUGGAUUAGAGAGCUCUUAAACUCGUGUUGACUUGUGCUUCGUCCAGACUCAAGUUUGUUUAAGUGUGAACAUUCAUUGAAUCCCAUGGACUGGGCCUGCCUUCAGUUGUUUUUGUCAGGCCCAGAAUAUUUAAUGGUGAUGCAAUGUGUCUCAUUUAAAACUGAUCACAAGAGCAAGCCAGCAAUAAAAUACAAAAGCACAUCUAUCCAAAA